AUGCUGGGAACUUGCUGUUCACGAUCGGCAAUUUUAUGGAGGACCAUUAUUGAGUGGCGCCCGCCGGGGGCCCUCGGCGGCGACGCCCGGGCGGCGCUGCUCGCCGAGGUUGCCGAGCUGGAGCAGUCGGGCAGGCUGUCCCGCCGCCGGGCCGGCACCUCCGCGGCGGCGAAGGAGCGCGACGACAGGAUCUGUUGGCUGGAGGGCGGCGCGCGCCGGCAGCCCCUGCUCGGCAGCCUGGCGCUGCAGCUGGGGGAAAUUGCGGCCCGCCUGUUCCCAGGGCAGAGGCCCCUGCUGCGGCCGCGGAGGGCCAUGCUCGCGGUGUACGACGGCGGCGGCGCGAGGUAUGUGCGGCACCGGGACAACGAGCUCGAGCAGGGCCGCUGGAUGAACUUCCGCUCCGUCACGGCCAUCUGCUAUCAGCGGGGCGCUUCGUCGCGGGCGGCGGCUGCGGCGGCGGGCUGCGCGCCUUCGGCGCAGACUCGGAGGACCAGGUCGAGGUGUUGCCGAACUUUGGCCAGGAUCUGGUGUUUUUCGACUCCCGGCGGGUGCCCCACGAGGUGUUGCCCACCUACCAGCGGCGGGCGGCCCUGA